AUGAGCACGUCUGUGGCUAGUCAUCCGCAGCUGCGCCAACGGCUCAAACCGGAGAGCCGGAGCUCUGCAAGCGAUCUUCGCGAAGAUGCUGAGGUACAACUGAAGCGCUUUAUUGAAACCAAUGGCCAUUUCAGCCUUGUUCGCAACUUUCACCUCGCUGAUGCGUUCACACUUAUGAACGGCUUCUGUGGUGCACAGUCUAUCUAUAUGUCGGGUCGCUAUAUACUUACAUCGAACCCGCUAUACAUGUGGGCAGCCCUGUGGUUCCCCUUCUUUGGCGCUAUUUUUGACUUGUUGGAUGGCAAGAUUGCGCGGUGGCGUCAAUCUAGUAGCAUGUUGGGGCAGGAGCUUGACUCUCUAGCUGAUCUUGUCUCUUUUGGCGUGGCACCUACUGUUGCUGCGUUUGCGAUGGGUAUGCGCAACCCGCUGGAUACGAUGAUCCUAACAGUAUUCGUAUGCUCUGGCAUUGCGCGACUUGCACGCUUCAAUAUCACAGCUGCCCACAUUCCUCAUGAUGCGAAAGGCAAGGCGCACUACUUUGAGGGUCUUCCUAUUCCGUCCAGCCUAGCGCUUAUUGGCUUCCUUAGCGUUUGUCUGCUGCUCGGUCGCUUUGAGACCAGCGCGGGUGUGUGGGCCGCGACUGGCCCACACCUUCCGUUCACGGGUACGUGGCACAAUCUUCUGCCCGGCUCUGGAUUGCCUCUUGGAACGCUGCGCGUGGACAUGUCGAAUCAACUCUACGCACUGUUGGCUACGGGUGGCUACCUACCGCGUCUUCUUGGUGCGAAGCUGCUAGCGCAGUGUUCUGAGUUCUUUGGCGCUGUAGUCAUCCACAAAAUCUCGUUCCUUUGGCUGGUUUGGUCGAUGGCCAUGGUCAGCAAAACACUUCGUGUUCCCAAACCCUAA